AUGGACAUAGUGACUGAACAGCAGGUUCAAGGUGUCAUAGGAAUUUUGACCUCGAUUUUAUCUUCUGAUAAUGCUAUUAGAAAAAGAGCAGAAAAUCAAUUGCAGACGCUCAGAGUUGAACAUCCCAAUGAGUUUGUGAUUUGUAUUUUAAGAAUGUUUAGACAAAGCCAAGAUGGGAUGGUCAAAAUGCUUGGGGCUGUUAUACUGAGACAGAUGUUUUCCAAUUUAUCACCAUCAAGGAUCCAAAUUUGGAAAAGACUGACCCCUGAAUCCCAAGAAAUUUGUAAAUCAGAAUUGCUCGAAAUUAUGAAAAAAGAAAACAUGCUAGCGUUAUGCAAAAGGCUUGGAGACGUUAUAUCAGAGCUUGCAGUCGCUAUUUUCACAAGUGAUGAACAAGGGUCAUGGGACCAAUUAGUGCCUUUUCUAUUUGAAUGUGUGAUGGGAAAUAAUAAUAGAACAAUUUCGUCAGGAUUUCAUACUUUAAACGAGCUAUUUCCCUUUUUUCAUGAAGAAAUGUUGAAGCAUAAAGAAAGCUUAUUUCAGGUUUUUAGAAGGCAAAUGGAAAACAAUGAUGCUGAUGUAAAAUUGUCUUGUGUACAGGCUUGUUGCAAUAUGAUAGGGAUUAUUGAUACACCUGAUGCUAUGUAUUUUGGAGAGCUUUUAAGUCCGAUAUUUAAGGCUAUUGCGUGGAUAAUCGAAAAAAAUGAGGUUAGUGGAGAAGAAGCGCUGAUUGCACUAAGAGAUCUUACGGAAUCUGAGCCGAAGUUUUUUAAGCCACAGCUGCAGCUUGCUUAUAAUUUCGUUACAAAUAUAUGCCAGCUAAAUAUAGAAAACUCAGGACUUAAGUAUUUAGCUAUUGAGUUUUUGGUGUGUAUAGCAGAAAGGCUUUCAAUAGAAAUGGAAAAUGCCAAAGCUUUUGCAGAAGCUGUUUGUAAUAUCCCAUUUUAGUCAUUCAAAACUAGUCAUAUUUACUAUAAUAAGGUUAUAGUCCAAAUUACUAUUAAUUUGUAUAUGAUUUUUAAAGUUAUGCUUACAAUAGACUCAGAAAUUGAAGAAUCAUGAUUUGUCCCACCUGAAGGAUACCAAGAACAAGAAGACGAAGAAGGCAGCAUUGAUAUCGAUUAUGCUAAACGCGGCCGCAAACUUCUCAGCAGACUUCUUGAAGGUGUCGGGGAUACCCAAUUAAUGCCUUAUGUACUAACUCUAAUCCAGCAGUCUUUAAACAGCUCUAAUAAAGACUGGAGAAUCAGAUAUGCAGGACUAAUGACAGUUGCCGAAGUAGCCCAAUAUAUAGAUGACGACUCCAGAAUAGCGACACUUAUCCCUAUACUACAAAGUAGCGUGGGGCAGGAAUUUCACUCAAAAAUUAGAUGGGCUGCCUAUCAUUGUAUACAAAAACUAAGUGAAGACUAUGAAGAAGAGUUCCAAAGAGGCCAUCAUGCUAUUAUUGUGCCGCUUUUAUUAGAAGGGACAACUGAUUCUGUUCCAAGAGUGGCAGCAUGUGCAUGCGCCGCUUUAAACAAAUUUAUGGAAAACGCAGGACAUACUAUAGCGAACCAAUAUACGCCUCUGAUUAUCCCGAAAUUAAUUGAUAGGAUUUCUUCACAAAAUUGUUCAUUUAUUAUAGAAAUUGCCCUAUCUGCGCUUGCGUCAUUAGCUGAAGCUUGUAAAGAAGAGUUUGCGGUAUAUUAUCCACAGAUGGCGCCAUAUCUUUUUGAGAUAAUUAGAAAUUAUAAAAGUUCGAUUUAUAAAUUACUAGCUUUUUUUAUGAAAAUUUUUAUUUAUUUUAUGCUUAUUUAUCAAUAAAUUCUUUUUAAAAAAUAAAGCUCAUAAGAAGUAAGAGGAAAAGCGAUAGAAUGUUUAACCCUUAUGUGCAAUGCUGUCGGGAGAAAUGUUUUUUCUCGAAAUGCUUCUCAAGUAAUAGCUCUCUUAAAAGACAUUCAAGACCAUCAGCUUGAGGAAAACGAUCCUCUUAAAGCUUAUCUCCUCAGUGCUUGGCAAAGAAUCAGUGCUACCUUAAAAUCAGAUUUCGCUCCUUAUCUUGGUGAUGUCAUUCCUGGCCUCCUCAAAGCUGCAAAUCUCCAAGCAGAAGUUUCCAUCAGCACUGAGCCUGAACUUCAAAUUGAUAUAGAGUCCUUACUUCCCUUUCUCUGUGAGCAAAGAAAACCACUGGAAAAAUCCCUAUUUUUUGGGUAAAACCCACCCUCCAUGAGCAAACAAAAUUUUUAUGAAAAAAUAUUUUGGUAUAUAAGUCGUUUUUAAUAUAAUGAAAUCUUAGCUAAUUCUGUUAAAUUUUAAGUGUGUAGCAUUUUCAAACAUAAUUUUACAAAUUUUGAGAAUAAAUUUCGAAAAAAUAAUUAAGCGUAAAAUAUAUUUUUGUUCACUCACAGAGGGGAGUUAAUGAAGUCAGAUACCAAGAAAAAGCUCAGCGUGACUACAUCUGACAUUGAAGACAAAGAAGUCGCUUUACAAACCCUGCUCACCAUCAUUGACGUCCUCAAAGGUGCUUAUUCUCCACAUGUAGACCGUACAGCUACCAUAAUUUUACCAUUAGUUGGAUACCCAGUUAACGAAAGCAUCCGUUCAGCCGCUGCCAGCAUCUGUGCCUCCCUCAUAGUCUCCCUCAAAGAGUCAGGCCAUCCCAAUUCCCUUUCCUUUGUCGUUCCUUUAGCUAGAAGGUUUUUAAGUGCUCUUUGGAUUGCAGCAAGCCAAGAAUUCGAAAUAGAAACCUUAGUAGCCCAGCUUGAAGCUAUCAAAAUGCUUAUAGAAACCCCCAAAACUGUUUAUCUUUCUGCUGAAGAGGUCAAUAACGUGGGUGAAAGAGUAUUAAAACUAUUAGAAGAUAGCCUUCAGAGAAGAUCAAGGCACCAAUUUUUACAAGCUGAAGACAGCGACAAUGAAGAAGGCGUCGAAGAGCCAAAUAAGCAUGAAGAAGACUCCCUUCAGUCUGCAGUUUCUGAAGUACUUGGUGUACUUUUUAAAACUCAUAGAACACAGUCUUUAAAUAUCGUGGAAUUUUUAUAUGCAAAUGUAUUGAGCAAAUUUUUAGCUCCAGGGUCGACUGAUGAAGACCAUAAAUUUGCAAUUUUUGUAAUAGACGAUAUUGUAGAAUUUGUGGGGCAAGAUUUGGCUGUCAGUAAAUGGAGUGCACUAGCAGAAGCGCUGCUUAGAUAUUCUUGUGAUAAAAAUGACAGUGUAAGACAAGCAGCUGUGUAUGGCUUAGGGAUGUUAGCGACUCAUAGUAAUUCACAGGCAUUCCAAGGGAUGGCUCAGCAAAUUCUUGAUUCUUUAAAUAAAGCCAUUGCAUUGCCACUAGGCAGAUCUAAAAAAACCUAUGAGCACGCCAGAGAUAACGCUAUAUCUGCAGUAGGAAAAAUAAUCAGAUAUCAGCCUAUGUGUGUAGACCUAAACCCACUUGUACCAAGCUGGGUCGAUUUAUUGCCAUUAAAGCACGAUAAAACUGAAGCUAGGAUUAUGCAUGAUUUAUUGGUAGAUAUCGCUAUAAGUAACACACAAUUAACAGUUGGAAGCUCACAUGAGAGGCUUGGGAAAAUUAUUGUAUUGUUUGCAGAUGUAUUAGAAACAAAAUUAAUUGACCAGCAUACAGUACCUAAAGUAAAGACUUUUAUAGCGAUGCUACAGUCUUCUUAUUAUCCAGGGCUUCCAGAAAUAUGGGAAAACUUGACGGUGACGCAAAAAUCAAAAUUAACCAAAUUAAUUUCAAAUUAA